AUGAGUGACUCCAGUGAGACCUUCUUGGUGACAGAGUUUGUCUUGCUGGGAUUCCCGGAGCUCUGCCACCUACACGGGCUGCUGUUUGGGUCCUUUCUGACCAUCUACAUAGUGACCAUCCUGGAGAACCUGGUCAUCACAGUAGUCAUCCGAGCCAGUCAUCAGCUGCACACACCCAUGUACUUCUUCCUGGCCGAUCUAUCAGUGCUGGAGACCCUGUACACCUCAGUCACUGUUUCUAAGCUGCUGGCUGGCCUCCUGGUGCAGGCAAAGACCAUCUCCUUCUCGGGGUGCCUCACACAGCUCUUCCUCUUCCUCUCACUGGCCUCCUCUGAGUGCUUCCUCCUGGCCACCAUGGCCUGUGACCGGUACCUGGCAAUCUGUCACCCGCUGCGCUACUCGGCCAUCAUGGACUCAAGGAUGUGCCUUCACCUGGCCCUCAGUGCCUGGCUUGGUGGCUUCCUGGCCUCAUUUGUGUCCAUGGCUCUCAUCUCCCACCUCAGUUUCUGUGGCCCCAAUGUCCUCAACCACUUCUUCUGCGACAUCUCCCCCCUGCUGCAGCUCUCCUGCUCAGACACCACCGCCACUGAAAUACUGGACUUUGUGGCAGCCGUGGCCGUGCUCAUGACAUCCCUGCUGGUGAUCAUGGUCUCCUAUGCCCACAUCCUGGCUAUGGUGCUGAGGAUCUCAGGAGGAGCUGGACGCUGGAAGGCCUUCUCCACUUGUGCCUCCCACCUGGUGGUGGUGGCAAUCUUCUACACCACUACCAUCUUCAUGUAUGCACGUCCUCACGCUGACAGCUCCUUUGAUGUCAACAAGCUAGUGUCCGUGAUCUACACAGUGGUGACCCCACUGCUCAACCCCAUCAUCUACUGCCUGAGGAACCGAGAUAUCAGGGAGGGCCUGGCCAAACUCCUCUGGACGACUGGCCCCUCCUGAGCACCCAUUGGGGUGCCUCUGCAGGAAGGAAAACUUCUGAAC